CGCCCCGCCGCCCGCGCGCGGGACGGCCCCCCCCUGCCCGGGCCGCGGCUGCCGCCCCCCCCUCCGCGCGCGCGGGGGGGGGGGUCGUGGCCCCCGGCCCGCCUCCACGGGCGCCGUGGCGGCCCUCCCCCCGGGGCCGUAGCGUGCCUCUCCGCAAGUCCAUGCCAGGCGGCAGGUCCCGAUUCGAGGUGCGGUUGCCUUCCGCCUGCGGCUUGGGAUUCCGCCGUCGAUGACGCCGUCUCGCUGGUGCAGCGCGCCGUGGGGGAGGAGGCAGUACAGUGCGCGUCGUGGUGCAGGGGACACGCGGGCGAGUGGGCCACGAAGUGCACGUUCCAAGGGUGCGGGGCUUGCGACGCUUGUGACGCCAAGGCGGCCCGGAGGGGCGACGGCCCUGAGUGGAAGAGGCCGCUCCGGGUGCACGUCACAUCCGUCGGUGGCGUCGGCACCACGGGCUUCAUCGAGGAGUUGAGGAACGUCUCUGCGCGGAUCCGGACCAACGACCCCAUCGACAAUGACCAGGUCAAGCAUGCGCCCUACCUGAGGCUGGUCGGAGAGGUCGACGCCGGCUCCGUGCCGCACCGGAGAUUCAAGGCGAAGCUCCCCGACAAGAUGAUCUACCUGUCCGCCCGG